AAGUUCAGCUUCCACAUCGACUCUUUCUCGAGUUGCUCUUCCUUCUCCUUUUCUCUCUCUCUCUUGUCUAUGUGGGUGUUGUUUUGCUGACUACUAAGGAUGCAGCCGCCUAAUUUGGCAUGCUUGUGCCCCCGGUCAACUGAUACGCCUAUAUCGAUGAUAUCAACACUGUCAAGCCCCAGUCUCAACCAAGGUUCCGGAAUCGUGUGCCACGUAAUCCUUCGACUCACUCAUCACACGACUAUAAAAGCUUUCCUCUACGACUCUCUCCCACUCCUCCUCCAGCCCGAAAAAUUGGAAUAACUCCUCGCAAGCCAACAAGCUCAGCGAACACUGCGCCCAUACUGCGCCCAUCAUGUCAGACUUGCCCUGGAAGUUCAGCGGUGCGGGGGACCCUAACAAGCCGGAACUUCUGAGCAAAGCUCUCAAAAACAUCCAUCCCGGACGACCUGCCACUUGGGGAGGCAUUUUCCAAAGCGAAAGAGCCGAUGAAAACCGGAUCUACAAUGAGUUCAAGACUCACACUAUCCCGGAUAUUCCAAAUAACACUCGAGUUGUUGCAGUGUUGGGAAUCUCACCUUUGGGUAUUGCCAACCCUGGCAAGCGGGACGUCGAUGCGUGGAUGCUUUCAGAUUUUUUUGCGUUCUGGAACGUGCUUCAUGGGCUCACCAAAGACCAGACCUGGCUGCAUUGCUUAGAUCUCCAGAAACUGGUUGAGAAGCACACGCAAUUUCUGCACGGCAACCCCUACAAGAACGAUCGCAAAGUAGUUCUCGACAGCCAGAUUUUGAAGAAUGCAACAAGUGCAUCCGAGCUACACCCCCCAAAAUCUGUUGAGCCCAAACUGCUCAAAGCCUCGUUUGAGAAGGCCCUCAGGAAAGAAGCUCUUGCGGCUCAAAAAGCCAACCAGCCCCUUCUCAUUCUGAUAUUCACCCACGGCAUCCUCACUCAAGGCGUCAAUAUUGGGAUAAGCGAGGAACAGAGGGCGAGGCUGAUAAAUAUGGCACCGGUGCCACUCCAACUCGGCCAUAACAAGGAGCUCGACGAGAGGCAUUUCACUAUCGUUGACUUUCGCAAUGCUCUAAAAAACAUCAUGAUUGACAUUACUCUCAUCACAAAUGCUUGCUAUUCUGGAGGCUGGGCAUGCAAUAUGUCAAGGGCUGGUGGAAUAACUGCCUUGACUGCAGCUGGUCCGAGAGGAAGGAGUAAGGCCUGGCGAUAUUCUGAAUCGUUGGGACGUGCUUGUGGGAGCAUGUUCGCUUCAGCAGUCAUCGAGAAGCUCACUCGCCAUCCAGUCACAGAAAAGCCGCUUGUAAAUGACGAGAAUGAAGACGCUCUCACUGAAGAGCAGUUCGAAACCUACCAGGCGUUCACAAGAUCUACCUAUCAGCUACUCCUCAAUGAAAUUGACCGUCGUGGUUAUGAACAUGGUUUCGUUUUCACCGCACAGGACGAUGACUGGGAAGAGACAUGGGGUAAGCGUACGGGAAUUCCCAUGGCUGACUUCAAAAAUCGUUGGGACAGCCUUGAGACUUGGCCUAAAGAUCAGUACCUUCACCCAGGAGGCCCUCAGAACCGCGAUCCCAACGUCUCAGAGGAACUUCGACAAGAGUAUCUGAGUCUCGAGGCCGAGGAAGCUGCCCAACAAUUCAGGGAUAAGAAAAAGCCCCCACGAACACCUUUUGAGCCAUCGGGCGGCUUGUUGGGCAAGAGGAAGGCGAGCAGCCAAUAUGGCGGGAGCACUGAAGCACUAUGCACCACCGUCAAAGAGCUUUCAAUUCGAUAUCUCAAAGGCCAUCCACACAUUGAAGACUCACCAGAGGGCGGAUAUCACGCUGUUUUGCGCGAUAUCAUCAACGGCGACGAAAAUGACUUGAAGACACUCGAAGCCGCUAGGGAGUUUCUCCAAUUUAGGUACCAACAGAUGGAAGCCGCCGAUCGUUAUGUCGAAAUGAUGGCACUGAAUAAGCCCUAUGACCAAACCUGUGUCGACUUCGACCCCCACAAUCUUCAGUUCAAGGUUCAGCACCAUUGCUCGGAGUUCUGGGACAUCAUAUGUGCUCGACUAAAUGCCUUGUUCCCGCCGCCGCACUCCCGAUCGCAAGGAAGGAAUUUUAGCAAGCCAAUCCUCUACCUGAUCGCAGUCUUCGCAUUCAACAAAUUGAGUCCUGAAGAAGCAAAAUUUGCGAUUGAGAAGGUCGCCAAUUCUGCAACAGAGGAGGUCGAGGCUUUGAAAGAAGUUGUCAAGACUGACCCAGAAGUGCGAAGCAAAAGGAGAAAGAUGAUGGAGAUUUUCAAGGUUCCUCUCGGUGCUAUCUCUCCAAACAAACGCUCUCGCGCAAACACUUUGGAGGAGAAGAAACCUGACCAAAAGAGCAGUCACUCUCGUGGCCAUUCUUUCGACUCGGGCGGACAUUCCCGUGGAGAGUCCAGCGGAGGUGGAAAGAAGAACCUGCAGUCCGAGUGAGACCUCUGGAAGAGCAUGUCCUACACACGGACACAGACAUGUUGCCCAGGAUGGGUGUGGCCCAUACUGGAGAAUGUUCGUGGGUAGGGAUGACAUUCUGUUUUUUGAAGCCAGAAACCGACCCCUUUUGGCCAAAAUCCGUAAUUAGGGAAGGACACGUGGAGGACACGUGCUUUUAGUAAAGAAAAUGAUACAAUAGUUCAUAUGACCUGGAUAGUUGACAAAGGCU